AUGCGUGAGGCCAUGGAUAAAAUACUGAUAGGACCGCUACCCGUUGCUUAUGGCCCGCUGACUCCCUCUAAACCUAAAGCAUUUUCUCUUCGUGCACCAACAUGCGUUUCCAACUUUUAUCGCAUCGCAAGAGGCCUACUGAUAAAUAAGCCAAUUCUGUUGGAAGGGGGCCCAGGUUGUGGAAAGUCGAGCACUGUGAUGGCGUUAGCGCAGCUAAGUGGCCAUCCAAUCACCAGAUUGAACCUUUCAGAUCAGACGGAUCUUUCCGACCUUUUUGGUAGCGAUGUACCGGUGGUAACAAGUGAUGGAAGCAUCUCCUUCCGUUGGGAGGACGGUCCAAUACUGCGAGCCAUAAAGCGAGGCGAAUGGAUUCUACUUGAUGAGAUGAACCUUGCAUCGCAAUCGGUGUUAGAAGGUCUUAAUGCCUGUUUCGAUCAUAGAAGAGUCCUUUUUAUUGCCGAAUUGAAUCGCUCUUUUGUAAUUCCACCAGACAGCAGUUGCCGAUUUUUUGCAUGUCAGAAUCCAAGGACGCAGGGCGGAAAUCGACGGGCUCUUCCCAAGUCUUUUGUUAAUCGUUUUACUAACAUUUACGUUGAAGAUCUUACAAAGGAGGAUAUUUUAUUCAUUUUGAAAGAACAACCAGCAGCCGCUCACAUUGAUCACUCUCGCCUUCAAGCAAUGGUAUCCAUCACAAUGAAUCUUGCCGCUCAACACAGUCUCUGCGGUGGUCCCUUUUCCUUCAAUCUAAGAGAUUUGCUACGGUGGAUUCAUUUAUUUGAGAAGAACGGCGAUAUGUCGAGCUGUUUUGAUACCUUGUACAUAAAAAGGAUGAGGAACGAAGAGGAUCGUCAUAAGGUUGUCGUUUUCAUCUACAUUACCAUGUACAUUGUCUUUUGUAAAAUUUUUUAA